AUGCAGUUUAUCAAACUCAAGGAAAUUUCCAGGAGAAUUUAUUUACUUUACUGCACAUUUACUCUGUUUCUACUGGCGGAGGGAAGAAAGCAUCUCACAAAAGUGAAAGUUGGAAUUUUUUUGGAUCGAAUUUUACACAGCGAAACAUCGUUUGAAAAUUACACGCAGGACCUGGCUGACUUCUAUCACAACACAACUUUGACGAAAAUCUCCCUCGAAACACAAACGAUUCAGUUAAAUGGGCUGCCGUUUGAGGAUAUUUCGAGAAGAUUUUGCGUCGAUAUUGUACAAAACAACAUCUCAGUGAUUGUGUUGCAGACGCGAAACCUGGAGCUCACGCAGUUUGUGGGACACUUGGCUUCCUUUUUUAAAAUACCGGUCAUAGAAAGUGUUAGUAGAGAGCCCCUGCUGUCCGACAAGGUAGGAAAAUCAUUAUCCUGUCGUUUUAAGUUGAAAAUUUUGACUAUUUUCUUUUCGCUCACUAGAAUGUUAUCCUUUACUUCACUCAACAUUAUGAUAAGUUCCUUGAAAAAUAAUCUGACGUUUCUGAAGAAUCAUGUCUCUGAGGACAGACGAAAAGUCAGAAUUAGUUCCGGAAAAACAAACAAUCCGAUCAGAUAUGAUUUUUCUCGCAGAUUCUGUCAAAAUGUUUUAUAUUCAUCAUUAUCUCUAACUAAAAGAACGGUUCAACCUUCUUUGCCGCUAAAAUAUCUGACGUUAAAAUACAUCUUUGCCGAUGGAACCAAAAAUUAACUUGGACAAAAUAUGGGGAAUAAUUUAUUUUUUCAGCGUCUAAAAAAAAAAAAACAACACAUUUUCGUCGCAUAUUUACAGCUUUCAUGACAUCCGUAAGCACCACAACACGCAUUUUAACGAAUUGAACAAAGGAAAAUUGCCUACAGAAAAUCGAUCGUGACCAUAGAAACAAAGGUGCCCCCUUUUUAUAGCAAUUGCUAACUUCUAAUUUAAAGUCAAAUUUUAAACCGUGAAAGCUCUUGACUCCUACACAAAAACCUUGUUUGGACGUGCAGUUUACCACAACAGUAAGAUUUUACCGGUGUUGAUUCUACCACAGACUGUUAAUGCGAUUAAAUACAAAGCCGCAAAAAGAGAUUGCAUAUUUCAUUGAGUGCCCUUUCGAAAUUUACGUGUGAUUAUACUACAACACAUCCUGUCUGAUUUUUAUCGCUCACAUCCGGUAGAACCUUUUAAAUCGCAUUUUGCUGAAGGGAAACGCCAUUUCUUUACUUUUAUACUGAGGAAAAAGUCUCACGGAGCAUAUAAGUGGCUAGUUCAUUUAUCGUGUUUAAUGUUAGUACUGUAUGCUACUUUCUACUUCAAUAAUCAGAAUCAUGAUUACCACUUAAGAAACUUCAGUCAUUUUAUAUCUUCACGUAAGACAUUACGUGAAGGUAAAAUACAGUCUGUAUACAAAUACAGAAAUAAACAAAAUGAAAACAAAUGAAACAAAUGAAAUGAAUACAGUAAAUUACAGUCUGUAUACAAGAGAACAUUUACAUUUUGCGAGCUUAGUUUAUCACAUCGCUCUUGUAGCAUUCAUGUACAGCUUUGAAGAAACCUUCCUACUAAACUUUACAAAAACUUUAGACCUGAGGUCAAACUCUUGAUCUGAUUCAAUUUCUUUUAACAAAACGAACCGUCAGUUUUUCAUUGCCUUAUUUUAGUUUGACGAUCAAAGUUCUCCCAUUUCAAAGUAAAUUUAUGUAUAGAGCUUUGAGAUCCUUUUGCCAUGUCUUCCAAUUUUUAUGUAAACAAUAAAUCCACGCUCACGUUCAAAGUCAGUACAUGCAGUUUCAUUUUAAUUCAAGGCGUGCAAGACAAUUACUGCGUUUGCUUUUAUUUUGAUCUAUUUGCGUCACUCACGAAUUUUACUGACGGUUAGUUUUCAAAUCAUGUCGUGUGUCAAUUUAUCACUGCUAUUAAUUACAACGUAAUUUACAAUACUUCUAUCAUAUUCGACUAAAAAAAUUUGGUAUCCUCCGCGCAAAAUCACGAUCACGCAAUGUAACUUUCACGCAAGAGAAAGGAGCACGGAACAAGUCAUAUAUUGUAAUUCCAUAUUUUUUCCGAAUUUAUAAGAGAUCAAUUAAAUCCCAUUUUUCGUUUGUCCUUGAAAAGUGUUUACACACAAAGCGUUAAAUAGAGGCGAGAUAUAGGUUUAACAGAAAAAAAGAGAUGAAGAAAAGGGAUGCAUGAUUGUGAUCAAGGGAACAACUAUGACUCAAUAAAAAUGCGAAUAUCAUUUUGCUGGCCAACCAAAAAAUAAUUCAAAACUAUCGGAUCAACAGUGACUCUUGGUGCCAAAGGAACUGACUUAAAGGCAUCACGCAUAUUUUAGUAACAGGAUGAGAGACAAUCCGCUUUCAAUUAAAGGGUUUGUUCAGUGAAACGGUUCUUAAAAAUGGCGGACAGGUGGUAUUUCAGUUUAAGAAACCUUUCAUCCUAUUUGCUGUGGUUUUGCAUUAUCUACUCGCGUGGACGAAUGUUAAUAAGUUGCGCGCGAAGUAUUUUGCAAUAGCUUGCCAAGAUGUUCCUGUUUCAAUGCCCACACAGGAAGGAGAACAAUCUUUUUUAAUCGUACUCCACCAACCAAAAAUAAAAAGACUUUAAUUUUAGGAAAUUUACAAGAAAGCAAUGACAUAUUUCCUCCAGAUAUAUUAGCAAAUAAUUUUUCGAAAGAGGUCUGUCUUUUCGAGGAAAACUUUCUUUAUUUUCUUUAUAAGACGCAUGAAAGAACAAAAAAAAUUGACUUGAUCUAGAGCUUUCAUACAAGAAGAGAGACCUGAUAGCAUUUAAACGUUUUGCUGUAACCUUAUCAUCAGCUUCGUUUCCAGGAAAAAACCCGGUUAUGGAGGACGGACGUUAAUAUAUAGAGCCGCGUUUGCUGCUGAAGCAAACGACUAUUUUUAACCUUUUUUCGUUACCCUAACAGUUCCGACACCGACAGAAAAAAUCCUUUUGACAACAAAUGCAGAUAUUUUGGCUCUAUUGCUCCACAAAAAAAAUUCUCGCUGUUUUCCGUUCGAGUAAAUGUGCGACUUUCUCUACGUGAUGCAUGCUAAUGGAGCACCAUGUAGUCGUGUAUUAUCGGCUCAGUAGACAUAUGGAAAUAUAGCGACUGUUUAAAAGCGGAAUCAAUCCAAAGUGCUACUGCCCUCGAGGCUCAAGGAAAUUCAAACAAGAUCUAUACAUUCAGUUAUUUUUCUCACUUUUAUCGCUACGGAGGGAAAUUGGCAAAUUUUUAUUUAGAAUCAGAAAAAUACGAACCUCUACCUUGCGUGUAAAAAAAGACUUUCGAAAGCUUCUCAUCAGAAAAUAUAUAUAUUAGUUGAUGCAAAAAUGCAUUUUGAAACUUCUGCGUUUGCUUGACAUGAUGCCAAACUUUACCCAAAAUACAAUUCUAACUUUUUCAGCUCCAAACGCUAGAAAGUCAUGGUUACAUUCAAAGCGCUCUGCUGGCUGAAAAAGCUAUAAUUGAAAAAUAGUGUUGAUCCAGCGAUAUUAUUAAAAAAGGACGCGCACGACAUAAUGGUUUUUGGAAAAAAUUCAUAAAAAAUUAUAAAAUAUUUACCUUGAUAUGGCGUUGUUUGUAAAUUGGUAUUCAACGAGAGUCAAGGUCACGAGAAAUACAAAAUACAUACUUUCAGGGAGCUUUCGCUGUUUGGCGAUAUCAAAAAGGCUACAGGCUAAAAUUAAGCCAGAAAAACAGAAUGUGAAUACUGAGCGAUUGAGUCUUAGCCUACCGCAACACUGAUUCGAAAUUAUGUGCUAAAAACGGCUUAUAUUCCCAAGUCAACUUGACUAAGCGUAAUGAUUCAGGCCUUAAUGCGACCGAAGAGCUUACAAAAACAAUGCAAUUAGAUGCAUAAUGGUGAGAAGUAUGCGUGAAUAGACAGUCCAGUAGUGUUCUUAAAAUAGAUCGACGUAUCUAAAAACCAAUUUAUGAUAAUUGCUAGAUACUUUUGAAUCAUGUGAAAUUAAUGUGGUACCUAGAAAACGAUGACUUUGACGAGUUUUUGCUAAGAGUGAAGCUCUUAUAAUACGUUGGACACGAUGCCUAUUGACGGAAAACUGUAAAAAUAUCCCGUGUAAUGAACUUAUAUUUUUUUCAAUUUUGCCCAACCCUUUUUAUUCCAACAGUGAUCAAGACAGAAUUUCUCUUUACAGUAUCGAUACAAGAACACGAAGACAAGUGAUGAGAGUAAUAAAAAAAAAUACCAAUUAGGGGAUUAUCAAUCCAGUACCAAAUUCUCCGAAAUAACAUCACGAGCGGUGUAUGGCGCAUGGUAAAGAGAAUCACAAUUGAAAUCUGCGAGUGAAAAGAAACCGAUCCAUUUAUUUUAGAAAUCGAUCUUGAUCAUUUAAUAUUCAAGAGCCAUAGUCUUCUCCAGAUUUCCGAAAUCUUUUUUUGGCGCGUACGGACCAUAAGCUAUCACGUGACGACUAUCUUAGUGAGUUGCGUUACUUUAAUUCCUUGAGUAGGUGGCUCCGCUUACGAGCGAACACGCUACAGCUGCGCUGUUAUGUUCUGUUUUUUAAUAAUGCGUUCUUCGUUAUUUACAGGAAUAUUUCAGUACACUUGUCCGUAACGUUCCAUCCGAGGUCUUACAGUUUACAGUAUUCCUCGAUUUCCUUAAAUUUGCUUGGAGGAGACGAGCGUAUGUAAUAGUCAGUGAUGAUAUGUCGUACGGGCUGGCUCUUCAACAUUACCACGAAAAUGACUUUGCAGAUAUCACUAUUAUCAACCUUGGAUCACCUAAUGUCGAAGAGGGUGAAAUAAUCAAGCAUUUACUAAAGAUAAAAUCUAGCACAGCUCACGCUGUUUACCUCUACUGCGACUCAAAGCUAGCGCACUUUAUACUCUGGAUCGCAAAAGAUUUUCGUCUCAUCAACGAUGAAAUGUUGUGGAUAAUCUCUGAAAGGUCACUUGAAAAUAUACUAGGCUUUUACACUUUACCCAGUUUCAUUUACGUUAUAAGAACCCGUCGAUUUUCUCAAAGCGAAGAAAAGUUCGACAGAACGCAACUAAUUCAUAGCUUGUCAGUUAUUCAGAGAACGUUUGAAUCAAUGAACGACACAGAGGUACACCAGUAUUUGCGGAUGCCUUUAGACUGUUACAGUUCCAUCGCUUGGGAAAAGGGCAUGGAAUUGCACAAGUAAGAGAAAGAUAUAUCUUCUUUAGGGGUAGGGGGACUGUCGCUGAGAAUAGGAAAGUUUGACAGAUGCAGGAGCAACUCGACUUGAUUAUGAGUGAUCACCUCCAUAUCUUUCCUUUACCCUCACUCAAAUUCAAUCUUUCAAGGAUCCGAUGACGAUAGUGUUGAGUUCGAACACUUUCCAGGUUAUCCAUGACUCGUAUGUUUAAUCAAGAGCAUUUCUAACAGUAAUAACCCUUUACACCCUAACAUCAGUAGGCAUGUUUGCUAUACGUUUCUCUAUACAAUUCCUGGAUUAAUAUCAGUAUCUGGGCAACUGCCCACCUACCCAAACAUUAACACUAACUUAUUAUCAAUUGACUGUUGUUGGGUUAGGGGAGGGGUAGGUGGGCAGUUGCCUAGAUACUGAUAUUGAUCCCAAUUCCUUAGGUACUGGAAAGGAGAAAUUUCUCAAAUAGUCAAUAGCUUCUUUAGUUGUCAAUCAUUCAUAUCAUUCUCAUGACCUUAAUGUUUGAUUCAGGGGUGAUAUUGUAAGGAUAAAUUAGAUGCUGGUCACUCUUAGGGUUCAAAGAGUCAAACUAAACCUCACCGCUGUGCACUGUAUGUAACACCUCGUGGUAUUACCAUGGAACAUCCCUCUGUCCAUUUACCUUUCUUAUUAAACGGUAUUUUGAUUGAAAUUUGCAAAACCAAAACCAUAGCCAAUCAGGACAAAGGAAAAUAUCACUAGGAACCAAUUAAAAUUCAAAGUGAAAAACAAGCAAGCUGCCUGAAGCACGGGAAAAUAGGAGAGUGAACAAGACGCGAUUGGUCUAAGUGUUGAAACGGCGAGAGGCUGGCUCGAGAUUUUCGGGCCAAUCACACUGCGAAGUGAAGCAAAACCGAAGCCUUCUCUGAUUACUCUCGAAACCCAACUGAAAUUCGCUCAAUAAACAAUCGCGUACCUUCAAUGACCGAGAAAAUCCAUGGUUUGUUAAUCGGAGGCUUUGCAUUGCAGACAUGUAGAGUAACAUGGUUUCAAAAGCUAAUGUAAAAACAUUGGCUCAAUUUCAGUAUCUGAGAACCUACCCCUCCACUAACCCAACAACAGUCAACUGUUAUAAGGUGGGGUUAAUGUUGAGCUAGGGGAGGGGUAGGUACGCAGUUGCUCAAAUACUGACAUUGAUCUAAAAUAAUUUCCACUGAUACAACUUCAAUAGUUGAAAUACUUUUUAACUUGAGCAGUUUCUUUUGAACCUGAUGCAGUCAUCACUAACUUCUUAAUUGUCGUGAAAUCUGUGUUUAGAUUACUCGAGGCGAGUGUUAACUCACGCGACUCAAACCAGAUGGGGCAAAAAACUAAAAAUGUUCAUCCUUCUUACGAAAUUCUGUAUCUACAAACACCUUACAAGCAGAACGAAGGCUGGGUACAAAUAGGAAUAUGGACAAGCAAAGGAUUAACAUUGCAAUUACACGAAUUAGAUCAGGAAACGCCGGAUAAAAAAAUCGGAGAAAUUCCUCGGCUUCUAGCUGCAGUAGUGGAAUAUCCUCCGUUAACUAUGAAAGCGGACUUCGACGAGAGCGAAGGAUGCUAUCAAGGAUUAGAGUGCAAAAAGUACACUGAUAAUUCGCAAAAUUUUACCAGAUAUUGCUGUUAUGGACUGGCAAUCGACGUGCUUCGCUACGUUAAGACAGAACUUCAGUUUGAACCACUGAUAUAUUUUGUUCGCGAUGGAAACUACGGUGCCAAAAAUUCCUCAGCGGGCACGUGGAAUGGUGUUGUACGAGACGUCUUGGAAGGAAAAGCAGACAUCGCCAUCGAUCUCAUGACCAACGAAGCACGUUCGGAGGUAAUCGAUUUCUCUUUGCGCUGGACGCACGCAGGUCUCGCUCUUCUCGUGCUCGUAGGAGAGCAAAAGGUGGAGGAUCUCGAUUUUUCGUUUUUCCGACCUUUCACAAUUUAUUUGUGGAUGGGCAUGAUAGGAGUUGUGAAUUUCUACCUGGGUCUUCUGUGGUUCACGGACCGUUUGAGCCCUUACGGACAUCGUAAGUCGUUUCGAGCUAGAAACCACAAUGGGUUUGACCUCAGUGAGAGCAUGUGGUACUGCUGGGGAGUAUGUUUUGAUAACCAGUUUGUGGACUCCAGGCCGCGUAGUUUGAGUGCGCGGGCCAUGGCGGUGUUUCUGGCGAUUUUUGCGCUGAUGUGCGUGACGUCAUACACGGCUAACCUGACAGCUCAUCUGUUAUCUGAUGACACCAAACCCGAAGUCACCGGGAUCCGUGAUCCAAAGGUGAGCAUCCGGGACAGCCUACAUUAGUUUAAAAGGGUAUGAGACAUGUUUAUCCAUGUUGAAUCUCAAGGGUCAUUUAAUUAAGGUGGCUCUGAGCCGCAUGCACUGAUCUUUUAUCAGCUUUGCAGGAAGAUGAACUUAGAUACGCGACUGCAAUAGAAGUAUGACAAAGAGGUCACUGGACCCAUUUUAGAGUUGCUGGCAAAUUCAGCUCUAGUUAAGGGUGUCUCUAAGAGAGUUUGGUGUUUCCACGGUAACCUAAAAGGUAAAAAAAUCAUCAAAUGAAAUAACUAGGAUAUUUUCAUACAAUUUUCAAAGAAUACACGAAAACUUUUGGUAUUAAUAACUAGAAGAAUUUGUGUUACGACACUGUUUUGAGCAAAGCCUCGACAUGAGAAACAUUUCAUUCUCGUGGAAAUAAACUUUAUUUUCACUGAGACGGUUUUUCACUUGACCCCAUUUUGAAAGUGAGGGGCUUUUUUACGUGCAAUUGGCCUUUCCAAAAUGAAAAAGAGGCACAAACAUACCCGUUAAAGAACAGCGCUUCUCACAGCUAUUUUCACGAAAAAAUCUGUCUCCUUUCCUCUGUGAGGCGUGGGCUUGAAUCCCGUUCUUUCCUGCGAUUGAAAAAACCUUUACUAUCUUAGAGCGCAUUUAACAUUGUGACGUGAAAGUAUUGCCCGGAAGUACUUGUAAAACAUCCCAGGUUACGCCAUCUAACAUCAUUGAAGGAUGACUUUCACUCUUUCCGGGCCUCUUUGAAUAUUCAUUUCCUUUACGCUAAAACCUGAAUUGAAGUAGCUUUUGGAUUUCUCUUCAGAUCACAGAUCCAGAUUCGAAGAUUACAUACGGGGUCGUGAAGUCCAGCUACGUGGAUUCCUACUUUGAACUAAACGAAGACCCCAUCAUGCAAUCCAUGUUCAGGCGCAUGCGUGAUAAGAAUCACUUGGUUAAUAACUUCACAGAUGGAGUGGAACGAGUUCGAAACAGGUUUGACAUGUUUUUCCUGUUCUAUGAUAGCCUCGUCAAAAUGUCUCACUUGUGCUUAAAACGACACCGCUUAAGUUUAACGCAUCUAAAAAGGCGACAAAGGCAAGUGGAAGAAAGCUUGGUUAUUUUGUGAGGUAUUCCAGGUCCGGUCUUUUAGAAGGAUGGAAAUGCUAUCAGCGGCUAUCCGCUGGAAAAAUCUCUAUCCGGUGGAUAGUGCAAAACAUUUUGUUUACUCGUAUCCGCUCGAUAGCGACUUAUCCGUUGGAAAGCUUUAUCCAGCCUUUGAACGAAUGGGCCCAAUGAAAAAACCCGCGUAGCCGAAGUCGUCUUCGUAGCCGUUCUUUUCGAUGCUACGUAAUGUAUGCCCCCUCCCCACCUCCCCACCUCCCCUUAUCCCAAUAAAAGGCUGUGAAAUUUACACAGCGUGAAGAAAGAAGUAACUUUGCUAUUUCUCCCGGGCAGGGUGGUGGUGAACAGAUGAGUAACCCUUCCCUCCCUUCCGGCUACACACCCGAGUGGAGACGCAUAACGAGAGUAGAGCACCUCACUUAAGAACGCAACACAAUCACACAGCCUGAGCUCAGACCCAGUCCUUUUAACUCAAAAUGCAGCACGCUCACCAUUCACUCGCAACGCCUUCAGUAAUUAUCAACUGACGCAAUGUUUCUUCCUCAGGAAAUUGGACAUUUUUAUCAGUGAGGUUUUGUCCUUAGACUACGAAGUGGCAAAACAGAAAUCUCCGUCAUAUCCUCGAUUACAGGUUGUUGGAGCUGCUAAGCCUUUCGCUGAGAGUGGAUAUUCUUACGCGUUUAAGAAAAAUUCUCCAUGGAAACCGAAAUUUGACUUGGUCAUCAACAGGAUGAAAGCUGAAAACGUGUAAGUAGUAAGAAAUGCCCUAGUAGUCGAUCGAAUUUGAAUGAAUAUAGCAAAAUAAGUAUAUAUUGACAGUAAAAAAGGCCACAUCCUAAAUGCUGACUAGAUUGCAAAAAAUCUCAGGAAGACUUCAAUGACAUCAAACUGGGAUUCUGAGAAAACUAGCUGGCUUGGAAAUUUCGAAUGAUGUUUAACACAUUGGAUUAUUCGCAAUGUUUCAUGAAUUUUGCGAUGCACGGUUUUCUUAGCAUUGCACUUUCUGGGAAUGAACUAAAAAUAUUUUCGUAUGAAAGGUAUCGACAUUUACCAAGGUUCUGUUCCCUUUACCAAUAAGUAGGCUAUGUUCACAACGGCUUUCUUUACUACUCUUUACACCCUAACAUCAGUAUGCAUAUUCCCCUUACUGUUUAGUAUACAUUUCGUAUGGUAUUGAAAACGAGAAUUUGUUUAACAAUCAAGAGCUUCUUGACUGGGUGCUCAUUUUCUAUUUUCUCAUAACCUCGAUGUUUGAUUCAUUAGUGGUAAUGUGUAGAGAAAUUGGAUGCUGGUCAUUCUUAGGGGUUAAGGGUUGAGACUCCUGUCACGAAAGAACACACCUUCACACACACACCACAAAUUGUCGACCAGAACAAAGGAAAUAAAACAAGAACCCCAUGAAAGACAAACGAAACAAAUGCAACGUGCAGAAAACGCGGGAACGCAUGUGAUUGAGCCGCUUAAAACCAAUCACAAGCGGUGGUUAGUUUGGGCUUGAAUCUCAUUGGUCAAAAGUGUGGCACGAGGUUUCAAGUAGGCCAAUCACAGCGCGAAAAGCCUAAUUUUGUCCCUAUUCACAGGCCGAGCGAACUCUACAAGAAAUGGGUUUCUUCAGGCGAGGACAGAAGCGAAGAACAUCACCAAAGACUGAACGUUUACUCGCUAAGUGGUGUUUUCUUUCUUGGUGCUUCCCUGGCGCUGGUCGCCAUACUUUUUCUUUCCCUCGAGAACAGACUCUUCGCAGCAGGUUUCAUUUACCAAGACAUGAAAGGUGACAAUUUCCACGAGAAAGGCACGCGAAAGUACUCGGGCGCAGUUAAAAGGAAGUUACUGGACUUCAAUACGAACAAGGACGAGGCAGAAUUCCCGGAUAUAUCAGACUACCUCCGUAACAGGAGGAGAAGUAACUUAAUGUUAAAGACUUUGUAUAAUCCUAAAUCUAUAAAAAGGAAAUACGAAGAGGCAGGGGAAAAUGGUACCGCCACGAGUUCUGUUUAGCAGUUGAAAGAGUUAGUUAUAAAAAUAGUGAAAUUUGUGUAUCAGUUUUCUCAAGAUGAUAAGCCACUUUUCCAUACUAAGAAGGAAGUUUCAAAAUCAUA